AAAACCCAUUUUCGUAAUCUGAGAAUUCUUCCUGUUCGAAAUGUCGUCCGUUUUCAGACCAAGUGCAGCGGUGGAGUUUCUUUCAAGAGCUUGGCGUUUCGCACACAGAAGAGGAAAUGGUCCUAUGGGAUGAGCAGACCAAGGUCGGUGGAAGGAGACACCUUGUUACCUGCACAAGCAGAAGCAGUUCCUCUAGAAGUUUUAGUCCCAGUUUCUCCUUCUGACACGCUCGCAACAUACUUCCAGCUUUGAAUUUAUUUGCAUUGCCUUCUUCCUAUCCCUUUCUUAUGGUCCUCCCGGAGUGCAAGCGCGGACUGGAGAAGGAUUUCUGGUUUGGUGCAAUUACAUUGGCGCCGUCUGUGGGAAUCGAACUGAAAGCUUUCUAGUUGCUCUUUCAUCAUGGUUCACACUCGAUCAGUCCGAGCUGGUAAUUCAUCUCUGCCUCACGGGCAAGGUCAACCCUCCAACAACCUUCCACCUCUGAUUCCACCUCAGAUUCCACCUCAAAUCCCACCUCAGUUUCCACCUCAGGUCCCGACCAUAUUUCCUAUUGAUCAUGCAGAAGGAGGAGAUGAAAACCAACCUCAUACCUCAGCCCAUAAUUCAACUUCCACUGCCAACCAAGACGUGGUGACGGCUCAGCUUGCUAUCAUGCAGCAGCAGUUUGGUGUUUUUCAGUUGGUACUGGCUCAGCUUUUAGCUAGAAAUAAUCCUGGUGAUCCUCUCAUUAAUUUACUAAACCCUGCUCAGCAACCCCCAGCUCCACAACAGAAUCCUCAACCGGCUCAAUAUGCUCCCGUUGUUAGCGAAUCUCAAGGUCAAUCCCACAUAGCACCCGCUCAACAACCCAUCCCUGAUGAUGUCACUCGCCGUCUCGAUAGCCUGGAGAAGCUAGUAGCCGAACACCGAGGUGCUCCACCCCCACACCAAGGUGCUCCACCCCCACACCAUGCUGCUGACUCUAUACCUCACCCUUUGAAUACCAACAUUACUCUAGAACCCUAUCCUGCUGGUUUCAAAAUACCACAAUUGGAGACUUAUGACGGGACGAAGGACCCCGAUGAUCACCUGCAUGCUUUCUACUCCUGUAUGCAAGCUCAGAACGCUUCUAACGCGUUAAUGUGCAAAAUCUUCCCAUCUACUCUACGAGGUAAUGCUCGAACUUGGUAUUAUAGUCUACCUCCGAGGUCAAUUAGUUCUUACACAGAAAUGGCAUCUGCCUUUGCCACUAAGUUUUCCAGUAGAAGGUUGAUUAGGAAAACUACUACCGAAUUAAUGCGAGUCAAACAGAGGGACGGAGAGCCUUUAAAGAACUACAUGAGCAGGUUCAAUGAUGCGGUGUUGGAGGUUAAUUCCUUCGACCAAGCUGUGGGCAUUGCAGCUGUAAUCUCUGGUCUCAAACAUGACAGGUUCCGAGACAGUUUGAUCAAACAUGCUGCCAUCUCCUUUAGCGAGGUAAACGACAGAUCUCUGAAAUUCAUAACUGCUGAGGAAUACGCUCUAGCGCAAAACCCACCUUCCUCUAAGAACCAGAACCCAGAAUGGAGAGAUGACAAUCCGAGCUGGAAAAGGAUGAGAAUGGCGCAGAACCGAGGUCCAAUGUUGACCUCCCCCACGAGAUUCGGAAGGACGAACUCAACACCUCUACAACAAUCUGCAGGUAAACCUCCAGUUAAUUGGACUCCCUUUAAUCUGCCGAGGUCACAAAUUUUUAUGCAGAUCAAAAAUAAAAUGGAUUUAAGGCAUCCUGGCCCGAUGAAAACUGUUGCUGCCAGUCGAGACCACACUAGAUAUUGUGAUUUUCACCAGGAUCACGGUCAUACUACAGAGCAGUGUAACAGUUUAAAGUCCGAACUAGAAAGUUUAGCUCAGAAGGGAAUGCUAAAUGAGUAUGUACAGCGAGCUGAACAGCCGAGGUUUGUCAGAGAACAGAGGCCGCAACCUCAAAGAGCCCGCAAUCCCCCAAAUAGGCAAGGUGUGGGAUACCAACAAACCCCACCUCCACUCCAACCACCAGCUAGAAUCAUACAUAUGAUUACGGGAGGCCUUGAAGCAGGUGGACUGAGCUCUAAGCAACGAAAGCUGUAUGUCAAGGAGGUUAAACAUCAAAACCGAGCUCAGAAGCGGAAGAUUGACGAUGCUGAAUGGAAGAAUCAACCAAUUACUUUCACGUCUGCUGAUCUCGAUACAAUUGUUACACCCCACAAUGAUCCUUUGGUCACUUCUGUAAUGAUUAACAACUAUGAAGUACAACGUGUCCUUAUUGACACCGGGAGUGCACCAGACAUCAUGUACUUCCACUGUUUCGAGAGUCUAGGACUAGAUCCAGCAUUGUUGCAGAAGUAUGAUGGUCCUAUCUAUGGUUUUAAUAACCAACCUGUUCCGGUAGAAGGAGUUCUUACCCUCCAUGUGGCUUUUGGGAGGGGUAGAACCUAUGUGACCCCGUUGGUCCGGUUCCUUGUAGUCAAGAUGGCGUCCUUUUUUAACAUUGUUAUUGGCCGACCCAUACUGACUGAAAUCCGAGCUGUGGUUUCCCAGUCUCACCUCUGUAUGAAGUUCCCAACUCCCAUGGGAAUAGCAACACUGCGAGGAAACCAGGAGGUGGCCACACAUUGUUAUAUCACCUCGGUAACACAACCCAUGAAGGGCAAAGCUCAGACACCCGAAGCCAUUUCCCAGCAAAUUUCUGACAAUCAGCAAGUUAUGGGUGUUGAGAUCGUAGACAAUCGACUGGAAGAUGAAACCAGAGCUGCUCUGGUCGAAGAUGUUGAAGAAGUACUUAUUGAUGAUAGAGAUCCGAGCCGAAAGACGCAGAUCGGAACUAGAUUGAACCCAGAGGAAAGAGCAGAGCUUAUAGCUUUUCUUCGAGCUAAUAAUGAUGUAUUCGCAUGGACUUCGGCAGAUAUGCCAGGAAUUCCAAAUUCAGUCUCUCAACAUAAGCUCAGCACCAAUCCAUUGAAAAAACCAGUGGCCGAGAAGCGGCGUCUCUUCGGGGGUGAGAGGCUUCAGGCUAUUAAAGAAGAGGUAACGAAGCUCUUGCAAGCUGGUUUUGUCAGAAAAGUCGAUUACUGUGAAUGGGUGGCUAACCCAGUUCUGGAUUGCUAUCCAAUGCCAAGCAUUGACAAACUAGUUGAAGCGGCUUUAGGCAAUGAGAGGUUAAGCCUCUUGGACGCAUAUUCGGGGUAUCACCAGGCGCUACUUAUCAGAAAAAUGGUAACCAUUGUCUUCCACGCUCAGAUUGGCAAGAACCUGGAGGUAUAUGUUGACGACAUUGUGGUAAAGAGCCUAAAAGCAGAAGACCAUCUCGCCGACCUUGACGAAACCUUUAACAACCUUAGAAAGAAUAGGAUGCGGUUGAACCCAGCCAAAUGCAUCUUCGGAGUGGAGUCUGGAAAAUUUCUAGGUUUCAUGGUGUCCCGAAGGGGAAUUGAGGUCAAUCCAGAGAAGAUCAGAGCAAUUGCCAAGAUGGAACCGCCGAAAUCAGUGAAGGAUAUACAAAGGCUGACUGGAAGGGUGGCAGCUCUGCAUCGGUUCAUAUCGAAGUCAACAGAUAAAUGUCUGCCAUUUUUCAAAAUUAUGAGGUCAGCCGCCCAGAAAGACGAGUCAAGGAAGCAAAAGAAGUUCGAAUGGAGCCAAGAAUGCCAAGCUGCAUUUGAAGAGCUGAAAUCUUAUCUUAGCUCACCGCCUCUAUUGACUAAGGCCGUAGAUGGCGAACUUCUUUACUUGUACCUAGGGAUUUCAAAUGAGGCCAUUAGUUCAGUUUUGGUGAGAGAAGAAGCUAGACAGCAAAAACCAAUUUAUUAUAUCAGCAGUGUGCUGCACGGAGCAGAGCUAAGGUAUCAUAUAGCCGAGAAAGCAGCAUUAGCAGUCGUCACUUCGGCCAGGAAGUUGAGGCCAUAUUUCCAAUCACACCCAAUUAUAGUUCUCACCGAUCAACCUCUCAGGCAGAUUCUGCAGAAACCAGAGUGUUCUGGAAGAUUAAUUAAGUGGGCAGUGGAACUGGGAGAGUUUGAGAUAACAUUCCAGCAGAGAUCGGCCAUCCGAGCUCAAGCAUUAGCAGAUUUUAUUGUCGAAUGCACUCCAUGCCCUUCAACCUCUAAUCCAGAGCCCAACGACUGGACCUUAUAUCUUGACGGAGCAUCUAGUAGCAAAGGUUCAGGGGCUGGCGCUCUCUUGAUUGGUCCAGAGGGAUACCGAAGCGAACAUGCCCUGAAGUUCAAUUUCGAUGCAACAAAUAACAUGGCUAAAUAUAAAGCUCUACUACUUGGUCUACAACUCGCACUAGAAUUGAAAAUCAGUGCAAUUCAAGUAUAUAGUGACUCUCAGCUGGUGGUGAACCAAAUCAACUCUAUUUGCGAAGUCGUCGAUCCUGUGAUGGUAAAAUAUGUAGCCUUGGUGGCCGAACUGAAGUGCAAAUUUCAGAAAUUCUGUCUGAGUAAAAUUCCCCGAGCUGAGAAUGAACAGGCAGAUUCACUCUCCAAGUUUGCCUCUGAUAGCUCUUUAAGCUCCAGAUCCGUUUUUGUAGAGGUCUUAGAUGAACCAAGCUUCACGAAGCCUCGGGUGAUGGAGAUUAACACCAACCCUGACACGCCGAGCUGGACUGAUUCAAUUGUCUCCUUCUUACGAGAUGGGAUAGUACCUGAGGACAGGCAGGAGGCGAUGAAAUUGAGGAAGAAAGCAUCUCAGUAUACACUUGUCGAUGGAGUCUUGUAUAAGAGAUCUUUCUCACUUCCUCUUCUACGGUAUUUAAACCCCUAUGAAGCUGAAUACGCACUUCGAGAGGUACAUGAAGGUGUCUGUGGGAGCCAUGUCGGUGCUAGAACUCUGGCUCACAAAGUCUUAAGACAAGGAUACUACUGGCCAAACAUGUACAAAGAUGCCACAUACUUUGUUCAGAAAUGCCCGAAAUGUCAAUUCUACGAACACCUGACUCAUCAACCAGCAGAAGAGCUCACGAACUUGGUAGCGCCGUGGCCAUUCGCUCAGUGGGGACUAGAUCUUUUGGGUCCAUUCGUGAAAGGGGUUGGUGGUGUAACCCAUCUGGUUGUUGGUGUGGAUUAUUUCACAAAAUGGGUUGAAGCUCGGCCCUUAUCCAGUCUUACCUCCAAGAAGGUCGAAGAUUUUGUUUUCAGCUCGAUCAUCUGCAGAUAUGGGAUCCCAAAUCAAAUUGUGGCUGAUAAUGGAACUCAAUUCAAUUGCUCUUCAUUCCGAGAUUUCUGUUCCAGUUAUGGGAUCAAGUUGCAGUUCACCUCCAUUUACCAUCCGGAGUCCAAUGGCAUGGUGGAAUCUAUCAACAAAUGCAUUUUGGAAGGUAUACGGCCGAGAUUGGAGCAGCAUAAGGCCAAGUGGGCAGACGAGCUCAACAACGUUCUCUGGGCAUACAGAACCACGAGCCGAACUGCUAUAGGUGAAACACCCUACCAUCUGGCCUUUGGUACCGAAGCAGUCAUUCCUGUUGAAAUAGGAGUCCUAAGCUUCCGGGUCACCCAUUUCGAUGAAGGACGAAAUGGACAACUGCUUCGGGAAAACCUUGAUCUGCUUGCUGAAGUCAGAGAAGAAGCUCGGCUUCGAACUCUUGCAUACAAGCAGAAACUAGCCAACUUCUACAAUAAACGGGUCCGCCCUCGAACAUUCAAAGUAGGAGACCUUGUCCUCAGGAAAGCUGGCCUAACAAGGUUUGAAACUCGUUUUGGCAAACUCGCCCCAAAUUGGGAAGGCCCUUAUGCCGUGGCCGAAGUGCCACAUCCUGGUGCCUAUGUCCUCCAAGACGCUGAAGGAAAGAGAAUUCCUAGAGUCUGGAAUGUCAAUAACUUGAAGAAAUUUUACCCUUGAUAAAAUUCUUUCAAGUGAUAUAUGUCUUACUGUUCUUUACACUUCUCACUUCGUAUUUAUUUGAGAUUCAUUUUACUUCUUAUUCUAUGUAUCCGAAGUCAAUCAGUACUUAAAUCUCACUUCUGAAUAAUAAAAGUCACUUCACAUA